AUGGCCACAAAGCUAUUCCAACCUCCAAAAUCAGCUCCUCAUUUGUUUCAUCCAAUAGGAAAUGUUGCGAGGAAGAUGAUAAUGAGAUCAGUUCACAGAGCAUUCUCAGCCACUCACUCAAUGAGCAAAAGGUGCAGGAAUAAACAUUGGCAUCAUCCACUUCUUGGGCUUGAAAUCAUUGCUUUAGCAAAGGCUAGUGAACAGGGAUUUGGAGUUGAAGUUGAGAAUGAGGAGGAGACAGUUCAGCAGACCAAAUCAUCACUUUAUGAAGCACUGGAAGGCAUAAACAGAGGCAUUUUUGGAGUUCCAUCAGAAAAGAAAGCUGUGAUUGAGAAAAUGGUGAAGCAGUUGGAGUCUCUGAAUCCUAAUCCAGAACCAACCACAAAUUUAGAGAAGAUGGCUGGAACUUGGAAGCUUGUUUACAGCACUAUCACCAUUUUGGGAUCAAAAAGAACCAAACUUGGAUUAAGGGACUUCAUUAGUUUGGGAGAAUUUUACCAAGACAUUGAUGUGAUUCGGGGGAAAGCAGUUAAUGUGAUCGAAUUCAGCGCGAGAGGCCUGAAUUUGUUUAAGGGACAGCUGAGAAUUGAAGCAACUUACAAAAUUGCUUCCAAGUCAAGAGUUGACAUAUUAUACGAAAGUUCAACAAUCUCCCCUGAACAGCUGAUGAACCUGUUCGAGAAGAACUACAAUCUUCUUCUGAGCAUUUUUAACCCGGAGGGCUGGCUUGAAAUCACGUAUCCUUUGAUAUUUGGAUAUUCAUGA